AUGGCAGACAAUCGAUCUGAUCGAUCAAACAAUAGGCGCCUCGCAAGCAAUCAUUACCACUCUCUACUUUACCUUGUCUCCUUUCUUCGCUCUAGGUAUCUUUCUCUUUCUUAUAAGUUUUUUUUUAGUUUCUCCCUUUUUGUUUCACACCCUCUCUUUCUCUUUCGAUCAGUUCUACCCCUUCUCUCUCUCCCCCUCUCUCUCUACCUCUCUCUCUCUCUCUCUCUCUCUCAUUCUCAGUCAAUUUAUCUAUCUCCUUCUCGUUCAUCUAUCUACCAAGAACUUACUUCCUCGUUUGUUUCAGUUUUAAUCUCUAUCCCUAUUUCUUUUCAUAUUCACUUUUUCUCUCCCUAUCUAUCUAUCUAUCUAUCUAUUUGCUUCUGUUUCACUCCCUUAUUUCUUCAACUGUAUCUAUUUUCUUCUUUUUUCACCUCUUUCCUAUUUUCCUUUCUCUCUCCCUCGUUUUUUCUUUCACAAUUUUCUUCGUUCAUCUUUCUAUACCCUCGCUUUCUCUUUCGCAGUUUCGUUCGUCUCUUUCUUAAACUCGGUCUCUCUUUUGAGACUGCUAUCUAUCUAUCUAUCUAUCUAUCUAUCGACCGUUCUCUUCUCUGCCCUCCUCUCUCGUACUUCCUUUCCCUUUUUCUCUUUGUCGUUAUCUAUUCCACACUUUCUUCAUCAAUCUUCUUCUUCCCUGUUCCUCUCUCUGUCUGUAUAUCACGCUCUCUCUCUCUUUCUCUCUCUCUCUCUCUCUCUCUCUCUCUCUAUAUAUAUAUAUAUGAAUAA